AUGGUAGCUAGUAUUAGAUCAGGAGUGUUGACGCUUUUACACACGGCGUGCGGUGCUGGUAUCCUUGCCAUGCCGUACGCAUUCAAGCCGUUUGGAUUAGUUCCUGGGGUGAUAAUGAUAGUGGUAUGUGGGGCGUGUGCUAUGCAAAGUCUGUUCAUACAGGCUCGUGUAGCUAAGUAUGUGCCACAAGGGAGGGCCUCGUUCAGUGCCUUGACGCGAUUGAUCAACCCAAACUUGAGUAUCGUGUUUGACCUAGCGAUCGCAAUCAAGUGUUUUGGUGUGGGCGUCUCUUAUAUGAUUGUAGUUGGGGACCUAAUGCCUCAAAUCAUGUCUGUAUGGACCAGGAAUGCUUGGUUGUUGAGCAGGAACGUGCAAAUCUCACUGAUCAUGCUUUUUUUCGUGGCUCCUCUGUCCUUUCUGAAGAAGUUGAAUUCGUUAAGGUACGCUUCCAUGAUAGGUAUCUCUUCUGUAGCCUACUUGUGUGUUUUAGUUUUGUUGCACUAUGUAGCACCAUCAGAGGAGAUUCUACACUUAAAAGGCCGAAUCUCCUACCUCCUUCCACCACAAACGCACGAUUUGAACGUGCUAAACACUCUUCCAAUCUUCGUCUUUGCCUAUACGUGUCACCACAAUAUGUUUUCGAUAAUCAAUGAGCAGAGAUCAAGCCGAUUCGAGCAUGUGAUGAAGAUUCCGUUGAUAGCAAUAUCUUUGGCCCUCAUUUUAUAUAUAGCGAUCGGCUGUGCUGGAUAUCUGACAUUCGGCGACAACAUCAUUGGGAACAUUAUCAUGCUGUACCCACAGGCGGUCUCAAGUACCAUCGGCAGAAUAGCGAUUGUGCUGUUAGUGAUGCUGGCCUUCCCACUACAAUGUCAUCCUGCAAGAGCUUCUAUCCACCAGAUAUUGCAACAUUUCGCCGAGGAAAAUGUGACUACAAGUACUACAUCGAUGGCCGGACUCACUGUUGCUACUGAAAGUUCCCCGUUAAUUCGCGAUGAUUGCCUUGACGCCAAUGAGGUAAUUGAAGAAGAAUCGAUUUAUCAGCCCAAGGAAACUCCCUUAAAGGGCAAGAGCUUUAUUGUUAUAACAUGCAGCAUCUUAGUGGCAUCAUAUCUCGUUGCGAUUUCGGUAUCCUCUUUGGCCCGCGUGCUGGCCAUUGUAGGGGCCACAGGCUCCACUUCUAUUUCUUUUAUUCUUCCCGGGCUCUUUGGCUACAAACUAAUAGGUACUGAACACAAUACAGCCGUGCCAUUGACCACGAAGCUUUUCAAAUAUACAGGCCUUGCCUUAUUUAUCUGGGGACUAGUAAUCAUGGUCACCUGCCUGACCGCAGCUUUGAAGCUAAACUAA